AUGCCUCGUGACUUUAUGCACGUCCACCCGUCGAUCGAGAGGGAGCACCCGCUCGUGUUCCAGUUCUUGAGCAGCUUAACGAGGUACAAGUCAUUUCAGCCAUUUCCACGCGGCGAGACGGAGGUGUCAGUAGCGUUGGACAUUCCGGACGGCGACUGGGUGGUGGUGCUCAACGCGCCCGCGGGGGGCAUCCGCGGCACCGUGCACGCGCCCCCUCCUGGCACACAGCGCCUCGUCGCCGUCGGUGCUGCCUCCACCGUUGAGCUCUCCACCUGGGGGUCCUGUGCGCUCAAAGAUGACGUGGCGCUCGCAGCCAAUCAGACGCUGCCCAGUGGCGGCGCUGCUGGUGCUCCGCCUUACAUCUGUCGUGAUACGUGUGCAAGGCUGGUGGGCUGCCUGCCAGCAACCUGUGGGCGGCCAUUCACGGAGAGGGAGGUGGCAGGGGCGUUCGUGGACUGUGCGCGCAUGUGCAUCGUUGCACCCUCCUCCAUCACCACCUACGCUGGCUCUCCCUGCCCCAUGGUGCGCUCCCUGUCCCAUGGUGCGCUCCCUGUCCCAUGCCGGAUAUUGCAUCGUUGUUUUCCAACACACCAUGCAACGUCUCAGGUAUGCACUAGCUACCUGCAUGUGCCAGCAUCCCAUGCUCGCCUUCCUGCACCUCCUUCCGUUCUUGCCAUGCGCAUGUGCAUCAUCGCACCUUCUUCCAUCACCACCUACGCCGACACUUCCUGCCCCAUGGUGCGUCCCUUGCCCCUUGCUCCUCUCCCUGCCCCAUGGUGCGUCCCUUGCCCCUUGCUCCUCUCCCUGCCCCAUGGUGCGCCCCCUGCCCCAUGGUGCGCCCCCUGCCCCAUGCCCACUCUUCCUGUCUCUCCCUCUCUCCUGCCUGCCACACAACUCUUCUUCCAAUGCCUUUUCACCCACCCUCUCCAGCCCGAGAUCGCAUCAUUGUUCGCCAACACACCAUGCAACGUCUCAGACCAGCAGCGACUGACCGUCCUGCAGGUGGCAGCAUCCUGCGCGUUCUUCACCAUCGCCAAGGACCGCUGCCUCGCCGGCCACGGGCCGGGAUCAAAGCGAUCACACACACUGGGAGGGCCGGGCAGCGUGCGCUGGCACAUGGUGGCUACCCUGUGCACCAUUCUGGGGGGCCCUGUGACGACCAUGGAUGAGUGCCGCAUGUAUGGCGCAGACGGGAAGCAGGUGAUGACGCUGGUAGACAUGUUUGCUUACCUCAAGUACCGGCAUAUCGGGCACAUGAUCUCGGCGCAGCACAUGGUGCGGUGGGUGCAGACGGUGGCAGCGGCGGUCAGCUCGGUAACGCCCGUGCCGGACGUGGCUGCUGCUCGCCUGAACGCCCUCAUGCACUCCUUCAAUGAUGCCAUCAUUUCGUCCAACGGUGUCGGCUGCUCUCAAGGUGCUCAUGGCCGCUGGUCCUGGUGGUGGCUGGAUGCAUGA